CCAAGACAAAAACAAAACAGCACGAAAACAACAAAAACGAUACAGAAUUUCAAGACAAGGUAAUAGGAAGUUAACAUUUAAUUGUGAAUUUAAGCCGGCUGGGUGCUGGACAUCUUUGUACUUCCAGGAUCAAGGCGUUGAGCGUCCAAGAGACGCCAGUCUGCUGAUGUCCCAGGUUCCAAAGAGCAGAGCCAGACCGGCAGCCGCCGACUGCACCUCAGCAGAGCUGGCCAGAGGUCCUCUUGCCCUUUCGUGCCGGGCGUACGAGGCUCCCCGGCCCCAGCUCCAGGUUUCCUGCAGGCUGUGCGGACCUGCGCUUCUUGGCUGGCGACCGCCCUCGCCGACGCGGCGCCGUCUCCUGGCAACGGCGCCGUCUCCUGGCGACGGCGGGCGCCGCGUACGGGUCCCAACCGCCGGCUCGCGCUCCGCUCCGCGCCCGGGUCGGCGCCGCCAUGACCUCCAAGCACUCGGAGAAGAAGCAGGUGCCGCGGAAGAACUCGGCGCACGGAUCCGACCGGCCUGAAGAUCUGUACCCUGUUGGCAGUCAUGUACAAUCCAGUUCUGUUGAGCAAAAGAAGGGGAAAUUCCAAAUCUGGCCAGAAUGGAGUGAAUCUGACAUAAAUGCAGAAAAGUGGGAUGCAGGCAAAGGAGGGAAAGAAAAGGACAAAGCAGGGAAAAGCCCUGUACUUCAUUUUUUUGAAGAUCCUGAAGGAAAGAUUGAAUUGCCACCAUCAUUGAAAAUAUAUUCCUGGAAACGUCCACAGGAUUUUGUGAUAAAUCGGGCUCCAGUAGUUGUGAAAGACGAGAUCACAUUUGACUUGUUUUCAACAAAUGAACAUUUAUUCUGCAGUGAGUUGAUGAGGUGGAUUAUCAGUGAAAUCUAUGCAGUAUGGAAGAUAUUCAAUGGAGAAAUUUUGAGCAAUUAUUUUAAAGCAGCUUCUGCAGAACCUCCUAUUCUCCUCUGGAAGCCUUGGGAACAUAUAUAUUCCCUGUGCAAGGCUGUGAAAGGCCAUAUGCCUUUGUUUAAUAGCUAUGGGAAGUAUGUGGUGAAACUUUAUUGGAUGGGUUGCUGGAGAAAGAUAACUAUUGAUGACUUUCUGCCUUUUGAUGAAGAUAACAAUCUACUGCUUCCAACUACAACCUGUGAAUUUGAACUCUGGCCAAUGUUGUUGUGUAAAGCUCUCAUUAAGCUGGCAAAUGUUGACAUCCAUGAAGCACAGCGGAGAGAACUGGGAGAGUUCACAGUUAUCCAUGCACUUACAGGAUGGUUACCAGAAGUCAUUCCUCUUCACGAAGGAUAUACGGACAAAGUUUGGGAGUUCCUAAAAGAAAUACUGCCUGAGUUUAAGCUGCCAGAUGAUCCCAGCUUUGAAAACAAAAUAGCGGUGAUAGACACAAAGUUAAAAGAAGCAGGGAAAACUGUGAAGGAAGGCAAAGAAGGAAAAGAAGGAAAGGAAGUGAAAGACUUGAAGGAAUUCAAACCUGAACCUUCCAUAACGACACUGAAAGGAUCUGAGAAAAGUGACAAAGUUCUCAAGGAUGCAAAAGACCCUGGGAAGAAGAGGAGUAGAGAUGGAGAAAAGGAAAAGGACAAGUUCAAACUGUCCCGUCAUGGUUCAAGACCCUCAUCUGAUGUGCACAACUCUGUGCAGUCCCUGUCAGACUGUUCUUCACCAACACAGUCCCCGUAUAUGGCUGUAUAUGCUACCUUUAAGCCUCUCUAUUUGUAUGAAAAAAAUAUCUUUGCAUUAAGGAAUAUGGCAGACUCUGCUGAGAAGGUUAGAGAAUAUGGGCUUUCUCACAUCUGCAGCCAUCCUGUUCUGGUGACAAGAAGUAGGUCUUGUCCGCUUGUAGCACCACCAAAGCCACCCCUGAUACCUGCCUGGAAACUCAUUCGUUAUAAGAAAGAAGCUGUUGUAACAGAUGAACCUAAAGUUUCAGUAAUAAAGAAGCCUGAACAGUUUCUUGAGAUCUCAAGUCCAUUUUUGAAUUAUAGAAUGACUCCAUUUAGAGUUCCAAAAAGAACGCGUAAUGUACAAUCUGUUAUUAAGAAGGGGUUUCCUGUAGAAUCUGGUUUAUUAUCCAUCGCAGAAACUGAUGAAACUGAAGACUUCAGCCAGUCAGAACUGGAUCAGAUGGCAGGAGCUCCAUCUCAGGCUAAUGUUUUACUACAACCUGCACCUGGCAAAGAAGAGCACGCAGACCCUCGACUGAGUGAUGCCCAUCAGGUUGAUGGUCUUGGUUUGGAUAGGGCUUUGAUCAGUCAGACAACGGCAACAGUAGAAAAAUCACAGGAAGAGCUUCCAGCAGUACAUCAUGGUGUUGCUAAAGAAGCUUGGCUAGAUUUUGAAGACUUCUGUGUGUGCUUUCAGCACAUAAUCAUCUUCCACAAGCCGGGUUCAUACUGCCUUACCUUUCAAAAAUCAGAAAUUAAGUUCUCAGACGAACGUGUGUCGUACUAUCUAUUUGUGGACAAUCUAAAACCUAUUGAACUACUGGUUUGUUUUUCUGCGUUGGUACGCUGGGGGGAAUCUGGAGCUUUAACAAAAGAUAGCCCUCGUGUGGAGCCUGGACUCCUAACAGGUGAAACAAUUACUUGGAAGUCUCUGAAACCGCUCAGUUCUGUUCUAAGGAUUCAUACGUAUGCUACCAAGGCCGCCAUGGUGCAGCUGCCAGCAGGGAGACACAUGCUGCUCUUCACCGCGUACGCCCCCGUGGGGCACUCCGUACACGUGUGCAGCAUGGUGACCUUUGUCAUGGGGGACGAAGACAUUGUGCUGCCCCACUUCGAACAGGAGAGCUACCGAUUUACAGAGCAGUCUCUAAUCAUUUUGAAAGCUGUUGGAAAUGUAAUUGCUAAUUUCAAAGAUAAGACUAAACUUCCUGCAGCUCUGAAGGAUCUGCAAGCAGCUCACUACCCCACCCCGCUGAACAACAAGGAGCUCACUGCCCAGCACUUCAGGGUUUUCAAUGUUUCUUUAUGGCGUUUAAUGAAAAAAGCUCAACUAGCAAAGCUUCCUUCAAGCUUCAAAUUUGCAUUUCGGGCUCUGGUUUUCGACGUGGAAUCUCUUGAUCCCUUCUUAGAGGAUGCUUCUUUAGCCGAAUGGGUGGAUGUUAAGUAUUCCCCGCCAGCAAAGGAGCAAGAGUAUUCUUCUGAGAAAGUAUCAGCGGCAACUAAAAUUCAAUCCAUAUGGAGAGGGACAUAUGUUAAACUACUUAUGAGAGCCAGAAUGCCAGGCACAAAGGAAAAUCUCAGUGUUGCAGAUGCUCUUCAAAAAAUUUGGGCAAUAUUGGAACUGAAUUUAGAGCAAUAUGCCCUUUCCCUGUUAAGAGUGAUGUUUAAAAGCAAGUGCAAGUCCCUCGAGUCUUAUCCUUGCUAUCAGGAUGAGGACACCAAGCUGGCGUUUGCGGAUUAUGCUGUGACCUGCCCAGAACAGCCUCCAAAUGCCUCAUUUAUCGUGUUCAGAGAAACAUUUUUCAUUCCUCAAGAUAUGAUGUUGGUCCCCAAGAUGUAUACCACACUUCGGAUUUGUGUACUCCAUGUUGUUAAUAAUGAUACAAUGGAACAAGUGCCAAAGGUUUUCCAUAAAGUUGUGCCUUAUCUUUAUACCAAGAAUAAGAAAGGGUACACAUUUGUGGCGGAAGCAUUUAGCGGCGACGUGUACGUGCCUGCCUCACAGUGGAAACUGCGCCUCAUUGGCCCUUACACGCCGCUUCCGUUCCUCGCCCGAGACUCCCCAUGCAGCAACUUCGCCGUAAAGGAAAUCAGAGAUUACUACAUACCCAAUGAUAAGAAAGUUUUGUUCAGGUACUCUGUUAAAGUGGCAUUAGUACAGCCUGUUACAAUACAGGUGCGCACAUCCAAACCCGACGUGUUUAUCAAGCUGCAGGUGCUAGAAAACGAAGAAACUAUGGUGAGCACCACUGGAAAAGGCCAGGCUAUAAUCCCAGUGUUUACUUUCUUGGGGAACGAGAAACCUGCGAGUUCCCAGGCUAACAAGAAAGUUCUUCCAUUUCAUAGUCCAUCCAAGAAAGAGCCAGAAGUAUAUGUUAAGAAGAAAUCUGCCCAAGGAAGUCAGAAACCCUAUAAGAGUAGACGUGGAAGUGGGUUAACGGACAGUGCCGUGCCUCUGUUGGAGGAUGAAGUCAUCACUGUGCUCCCUACCACAGAAGAGAAUUCUAAUAUGCCACAGCAGGACUACAAGUAUAUCAUACAGUGUUCGGUGCUGUAUAACAGUUGGCCUCUCACUGAAAGUCAGCUGACAUUUGUUCAAGCACUGAAAGAUUUAGAGAAAAAAGAUAUGAAAGUUCAUGGAGAGAAACAUGAGGAACUAAUUAUUGUGGGAAGCCCAGAUUCUCAUACUGUUAGUGAGGGGCAAAAAUCUUCAGGAACUUCCAAAACAACAAGGAAAGGAAAUGAAAAGUCUUCUGAGAAAGAAAAGAUGGCCCAGGAAAAGCAAGCGUCUCGCUUUGAGCCUCAGAUACCGACUGUUCACGCUCAACCAGAAGAUCCAAACAAACCCUACUGGAUUUUGAGGUUGUUCUCUGAGCACAGUGAAUCAGAGUUCUUUGAAGUGAAGAAAGAUACAGAACGAGCAGAUGAAAUCCGAGCCAUGAAGGAAGCCUGGGAGAAGAACGAACCGGGAAGAGCAGUCAAGGCAUCUCAGGCUCGGCUGCAGUACCUCAACCAGUUAUUUAAGAAACCAUCUGAUGUCUCCGAGAGUGUGACUGUGAGCGAAAGCCCAGCUACACCCACCGGAGAAGGUCAGUGGACCUCUCCCCCACGCCUCCAAGCACACAGUUGCUGCUUGCACCUUGUCAGAAAUGGGCCUCAUUCACGAUCCCCAUCACUUUUGAAGACAUCUCCACGACUCAUUCGAAAAGCACUGGAAUUUACAGACAUAAAUCAAUAUGUACGGAAAACAAAGGAUGAAGCCCUGCUGCAAACAGAUGAACUGAAGCAGCAGCAAGCAAUGCAAAAGGCAGAAGAAAUUCAUCAGUUUCAGGAGUAUAGAAGCAGAGUCCUUAGCUCCAGAGAAACGGAUAGAAAAGAACAGUUUAAUGAAGUUAUGAAUAAGUAUACACAAAUACAGGACUCCUUAGAUGAAGCCCGACAGAAAAUCUUGGACAUCCGAGAAGAGUACAGACGGAAGAUGCUGGAAGCCCAGCGCCUAAAGUUGGAGGCACAGGCAGCUCAGGAGGCAGAGCCAGAAAAGAAAGAGACAGAAAAGAAGGUCGCAGUUCCUGCCAGCCAGAAAAAAAAGAAAAAGUAACCAGCGCUACUCUUCUUCUGUCAAACAAAGCGCUGGACAUUAAGCCAAAUGAAAAUGGACAUUUUCAUUAUCUUAGAAAUAGUUUCUACAUUUUAAUGUAUUAGUUUUUAGCAUAAAGUUAGCCUCUGAAGUCAUUGGAGUUUAAAAUAGUCUCAUUUCAAUAAAACUGCUACCAAAUAUUUAAGCUGAACAGAAACCCAUGUUGCAUUCUGAAUUACCUGCUAGUAAACCAAGAUCAUUAAUGAGCCAGUUGGCUUGUUUUUGAAAAAUUGAACAAUGUGAAAAAUAGUUAUUGACCUUAAAAGAAAUUUUGUUUCAAACUGUAGGGUUUUAAAUAUUAAUAAAUAUGCCUCAGAACUGUGCUAUUGUUAUAGAAGUUUCACUUUAAUAAAGCUCCUUCACAGAGAAAA